UUGUGCCCGUCAGACGCCGCACCGUGCCGCGGCUGCAGCGCGCAUGCCACCGCCAUGGACCGCCGGCCUGCAGCCACUGCGCUCUGCACCUGAUCGCCUCUCGCCGUCGCACGUGUACUGUAGGCCGCUGGGCGUGGACAAGGCGGAGCGUCGAUGCGCCCACGGUACGAGCCGUCACAAGGGCUCGCCGCCCUGCGCGGCAGGGAGACUGUGCCGCUGGCCGUCAGCUCGGAGGGGUCCCGCAGCCCUCUGCAUCGGUCUGACGCAACGGGCGCAUGCUUUGGACGAUUCUGUUGAUCGCUGCUGCCGGCUCUCUGCAGCCUAGCUUCUCUGCUUGCGCGUCUGCUCUCAGGGGCAUCACUUCACCAGCAGCGCUGCACAGUCCCAUGACCCCUGCUGCUGAAUGUAUGGCAAGCCUCGGUCUCGUCGACGUGCCAUCGCAACUGCGGACACUCAGGCCCAAGCACCGAGGCGGCAGAGGGUUGCGCGGAUGUGUCUUUUGAGUCUGUUG